AUGAUGCCCUCUCUAGCUUCCGCGGGCGUGCAGGGCGAGUGCCACACGUCCCAUCAAAGCCUUGGACUUCGCCCAGGUCUCUAUGAUGAGGACGCGACCCAAUCCGAGCCCCUUGCCCUGCUCCCGCCCAAAGCUUAUCGUCCUGACCCCGUGCUCCACACUCGGAGCCCGGCUGACCGCGUCGCACGCCUCCCCCGCGCGCUGACCCAAUCCGAGCCCCUUGCCCUGCUCCCGCCCAAAGCUUAUCGUCCUGACCCCGUGCUCCACACUCGGAGCCCGGCUGACCGCGUCGCACGCCUCCCCCGCGCGCUGGUGACUCAACCCGGGGAAGCGAAACCUCUCGCCCAGUUGUUUCGCCCCGGCGGCGGCGGCGGGGCCGGUCCGGUGUCCCCGCAGCACCACGAACUAACCUCGCUCUUCGAGUGCCCAGUCUGCUUUGACUAUGUCCUGCCCCCCAUCCUGCAGUGCCAGGCCGGGCACCUGGUGUGUAACCAAUGCCGCCAGAAGUUGAGCUGCUGCCCGACGUGCAGGGGGGCCCUGACGCCCAGCAUCAGGAACCUGGCUAUGGAGAAGGUGGCCUCGGCAGUCCUGUUUCCCUGCAAGUAUGCCACCACGGGCUGCUCCCUGACCCUGCACCACACGGAGAAGCCAGAACACGAAGACAUCUGUGAAUACCGUCCCUACUCCUGCCCUUGCCCUGGUGCUUCCUGCAAGUGGCAGGGGUCCCUGGAAGCCGUCAUGUCGCAUCUCAUGCACGCCCACAAGAGCAUCACCACCCUUCAGGGAGAAGACAUCGUCUUCCUGGCUACAGACAUCAACCUGCCGGGCGCUGUCGACUGGGUAAUGAUGCAGUCGUGCUUCGGCCAUCACUUCAUGCUGGUGCUGGAGAAACAGGAGAAGUAUGAAGGCCACCAGCAGUUCUUCGCCAUCGUCCUGCUCAUCGGCACCCGCAAGCAGGCUGAGAACUUUGCCUACAGGCUGGAGUUGAAUGGGAACCGGCGGAGACUGACCUGGGAGGCCACACCCCGGUCCAUUCACGAUGGCGUGGCCGCAGCCAUCGUCAACAGCGACUGCCUUGUUUUUGACACAGCCAUAGCACGUCUUUUUGCAGACAAUGGGAACCUUGGAAUUAAUGUGACUAUUUCUACAUGUUGUCCGUGAUGCACCGUGUGGCUUUCAUAAACCAUUGAAAUUAUUUGGGCAUAGUGCUCUGUAUUUAAUAAAGGUUUUUAUAGAUGCUUUAUUCGGUAUGUCUUCACAAGUCAGGACCCACAGUUAUCCUGUGUUUUAUUUGAACAGCAGCUUCUCAUCUGGCAUCAGCCCAACAAAGUUUAUGAAACUGGGAUGAAUGGGUUUGGCCUGUUAGUAAUUUGGAGGCUGUUCUGUGAUCUAAAAUCAACUCUAUUAUUUUAUUUACUUUCUGAACAACACUUGACAAGUUGCUCGGGGCUCCUGUAUGUUAGAAAUUGGAGGCUCCUUCCCGCCUGCCUCUCUGCAUUGGUCCCUCGACAUUGACAAAAGCACAGUGACUGUCAGCAGAUUCCUUUACUUUUGUUUUCAGGGGGUAGGGAUUGCUUUAGUGCAUUUUAAACAGUGCUCCUCAAACUGGAUGGCUGACCAAUAUACACAGAGUCACCUGGAGUGCUCAUCUUAAAACUGCAGAUUUGAGGAGCCUGUGAAUCUAACAAUCUCAUUGGAUGAUUCUUUUCAAUAGUAAAGGUUGAGAAUUACUGGGUUAAAUUGUGGAAAAGGGUCCAGAUUUUAAAGGUGCUUUAAGAUUGCCCUCUACUGAUAACUUUGUCUUUCUACUGUUUCAUCCCCCAACCUCCCCCCACCCUCAAAUUAAGACUAGAAUAUAGAUCCACAUGAACACACUCCUGAGAUUGAGUCAUCUUGUGUUUUGGGUGGAUUGCCUAGGAAAGCAAGUCAUGGCUAUUGAUAGUUCUCACAUCGUGAGUUUUUGCUCACCACUAGUACAUAUGACCUGUUUACACGUGGCUUCCCUCGGAAGCCCUCUUUGACUGUAGCUGGUGUGAAAGACUAGAUCAGUAGAGUUGGGAAAGCUUUAUAACCAGUGUAAUAUGCUUGCUAUUUAAAGGUAUUUUUUUUUGUUUGUUUUUGCCACAUUCACUUUAGUUUUUUAAUAAAUAUUUUCCAAAAAUGAA